GAAAACGUUGGAUGGAAAAUAAACAACAAUAGAUUAAGAAUUGACCAAAGUAUUUAUGUGAAAAAUCAAACUCAACAAAAAAUUUUGAUAGGUUCAGAAGGCAAAUCAAUCAAAAUAUAG